UUCCACAUCCGAUUUAGGGGAGUGAUAUAAGAUGUGCGUUAUUGAAUCCCUUAGAAUUUUUGGAAGAAUUUCAGGAACGUGACAGCGGAUAAGUAUUGUCGGGAACACUCAAUUUAACGUUUAAUAUGAAUAAGUAUGGUCCAAUGCACACAAGGUGUUACAUCGAAUUGCCACAAGAAAUACUAAUGAAGAGAGCGGUAAUUGCAAAGUUUGAACGCUUAAACGAUAUAUUUAUCAAUGCAUGUCGAGAAGAAGAAGAAGAAAAAGGCAGCAGCAGCAAAACUUACAAUUCUUCCAAUAAGUCUCACUGAUCGAAAGAUAGAGAAACACAUCAACCUGUUGUAUCUCCUAGAUUCGCGAAAUGACAACGUUGGACACUUUGCAUGAUUCGAGAACUUAUCUCAACUAGUGGGCAUGCAAUUGAGUAUACACAAAGAAAAGAAAUAUAUCUGUGACCAGUGCUUGCGCUACUUCUAUUUGAAGAAAUUAAAGACUCAUGCAAUAGUUUGUCAAGAAAUGAACAAUUGCGCCAUCCUGCUACUCAGCGAAGACAAGUGGUUCAGUUUUGACAACUACAGCAGGAAAGAGCGACUUCCGUUUGUGGUGUACACGGAUCUGGAAUGCGUGCUGAAAAAAAUUGCAAGGAACACUUUAGAAGAAAAAUGUAUAUUACACACAUAUCAACAUCAUAAGUUAUUUAGUAUAAGAAAUUAUGCGCAUUGCUCAUACGAUAUUAUAUUAUUCGUAUAUCGUUUUCGUCGCGAUACCAAUUGCGUUUCGAGGUUUGUCGAACGAUUGGAAGUAUUAGCACUGAAUAAAGAAUAUCUUAUCUACUAAUGUUCCUGUGGAAAAUCUAUUGAAAGAAGAGUGAAAUACAUUUCUUAGCGCAACGCACUGUUACACAUGCAAGAAACCAUUCGUGGAAAACGAGUGUGCGAUAUCAUUGCCAUCUUAUCGGUUA